GGGAUCUUCAGGAAGAGCUGGUGAAGGUGGGAGUUAUCACAUCCCUAGUCCGAAUAUUAACUGACUAUGCAGAGAGUGAACCGCUUGUCCACGUUGACCUACUGGCCUUAUGCAAUCUUGCAGACCUUGAUACAGCUAAGGAAGCUCUAAGCAAGACAAAGGUGGCUGAACAGUUGGUGAAGCAAUUGAGAAGAGCAGAGAGCCAUGAGAGGUUAGAAAUUGUCUUUGAGAUUCUUCAGGCACUUGCAGAAAAUGAUGCUUUGAAAGUACAGUUGGUGGAGGCAGGUGUGCAAGAGGUGCUGUCUGAGAUCCUGCUGAGGCUCCAGGGUAGCUCACAAGCUGAAGACACAUGCAUUGUGAAGGCUGCGUCAGAUCUCAUUGUCUCUCUGCUUCUUGGAGAUAGGUCUGUGUAGAAGAAUUUUGCUAAGGGAUUUGGUGUUAUCCACCAGAAUGUUCGUGCCUGGCUUGCAUCCAAACAUACGCAACUACAGACAGAAAAAAUGACUACUGCUAGUUUCAGCAGAAAUAAUGGCAACUGUGAGCGAAUGGUACAGGUGGGAGUCAUACACCAGCUUCUGGACCUUCUGGAGAAACACGUGGAGAGCGCGGAUGUCUCUGUUCAACAUGCUGCACUCAGCGCACUUCGAAACCUUGCUAUUCCAGUUGCUAACAAGGUUCAGAUACUGGAGGAACGUGUGGCGGAAAGAAUUCAGGCACUUCUAAGGUCAGAGUCGCCUCCUGUGCAGUUUAAACUUCUCGGAACACUACGAAUGUUGGCAGAUGGUCAAGCUGACGCCGCUGAAAUCUUGGGCCAAGACCCCACGCUGCUCAACAGACUCGUGCAAUGGUGCGACGCUAACAACAGCGCUGGCAUCCGCGGAGAAGCACAUCGGCUGCUGGCCUCCAUCUUGCAGCACAACAGAUCUCAGGAAGUGAUCAAGGCCAUGCAGGAAGCCCGUGGAGUGAAGCAUCUGGUUUCCAUGACAACAAGCGAACACGUUACUCUACAGAAGGAGGCUCUGAAUGCCUUGACAAUAGCAUCCACGAUCAAUUUAGAAACCCUCGAAGAAUCUUUUAAGGAGUCACGGCUAGUUCAAAGCUUACACAGACUACUACAAGAUGUGAAUACAAGUCCUGAGGUGACAUAUAAUUCAAUGGGUCUUUUGUGCAGCCUUCUUAAAUCAG